AUGUUCUUUGGCAAGGCUGAGCCCACAGCUCUAGACCGCGUGGCGGGUUCGCUGGCCACCUCGAGGACACGGCUCUUCGCCAAGGCGCCGCUGCUGCACUCGAACAAGUGGCCGCGGCCCGAUCCCGCUUACGCCGAGGUGGCGGUGAUCGGCCGCUCCAAUGUGGGGAAGAGCAGCCUGCUGAACAAGGUCAGCCAGUUUGGGACUGUGGCGCGGGUGUCGAACAUGCCCGGCCAGACGAAGGAGGCUGCGUGGUAUCGCAACAAGAAGGUCAAGGUGGACUUCAUCGACAUGCCCGGCUACGGCCACUCUGCGCGUGCCCGGAUCUUCGGCCCCGAGGCGCUGGAUUUCGUGCGAAAUCGGACAUCUUUGAGGGGCCUGUACGUGCUGAUCGACGCGCGGCACGGCUUCAAGUGGUCCGAUCACGAGUGGCUGAGCGAGCUGGGAUCUGCAGGGCCAAUGAAGCAGGUGGUCCUCACAAAGUGCGACCUGGUGCCCGACAAGCGCCUUAUCGAGAUCGCAAGCCUGGUACGCUCCGACCUCGAGUCCUACAAGCGGGUGGAGCGCAAGGUGAUCCUCUGCUCCUCGGCCUGGCUCACCGGAUUCCAGGAGCUGCGCAAGGACAUCUGCCAGCGCUGCAAGCUGGUGAAAGAAUCGGCGCCGGCGCCGCGGCCGGGCGCCAAGCGCGAGGACCUCCCGCUGCGGGCCGUCAAGGGCCAGGAUCUGGGAAUCCUCUGA